CUUGGAAAAUGAUUUUUUUUUUUUGCCUAUGAGUUCCAGUUUUUGAGUCAGUAGGAUGGAGCUGGUAAUCUAAGCAGGGCAGCUGGAGGCUGCACGGGUCCAGCGAAGCCUCAGCCCGGAUCUGUUCGUCUUCUGAUCCCCCCCCCCUCACCAGACCUGCUCCAUCUCUGCAGGCGACGUCUGACCAUGAAGCCCUGGCUGGUGCUUUGCCUGGCACUGCUCUGCGUUGAGCUCCAGAACUGUGCCUGCCAAGCCGUCAAGCGCAGAAAAGAUGUGGGGGAGAACCCAAAACGCUCAGGCGGGAGAAGAGAGAGGACUCGUCACCCCAACCUGAGCGACAGGAAAGGCAAAAGCCAGUCUCUGCUGACCCAGGUUUUGGACAAAGGCCGCUUCCUUCGGCUGGGUCAAAGCACGACCCUGACCCCUGCAAGAAACCUGGAGCUGCGCUGCAAAGGGACCAACAUGGGAUGGUCCUACCCGACCUACCUGGACACCUUCAACGACUCUCGCCUCAGCAUCAAGCAGAGUGACAAAUACAGCCAGCUGACUCUGACAUCCACCUCUGCGGCGGACACCGGCUCCUACAGCUGCUGGGUGAUCGUGUGCGACGGAGCAGAGUGCCACAAGGACCAGGACCGCACCUACGCCUCAUACAUCUACUUCACAGACAAGGACAACAUCUUCGUGCCGUCAGCCAUCCAUUUUGAGAUCGUGUACCUGCGCCCCGACCGGCCCGCCGUCGUUCCCUGUCGAGUGACAGAACCAAAAGCAACGGCGUCUCUGCACCGGGAGGUCCCCCCGGAGGAGAUUCCCGCCAACGGGACUCUGGUGACCUACGACCCCACCCUGGGAUUUGUGCUGCAGCGACCCAGCCCGGAACAUCAGGGAGUCUUCUACUGCAAGGCUGCUUUGAGCGGAACCCCUCAAGUCUCCACCAAGUACCAGCUGCUGUAUGUGGAAGUUCCCAGCGGGCCUCCAUUUGUGAGCCUCGAAGUCUCUCCGGAGUUUGUGAGAGGAGGUGAGAGCAUCAACGUCACCUGCACUGUGCUGGGAGACCCCGAGGCGGACGUGAGCUUCACCUGGUCGCACCCUGGUCAGGGUGUCCGGCCCGCUCACAUCCAAACGUCCUGGAGGUUGGUCAACAGAGGCGUGGGCUACACCACACGGGCCUCGAAGAGCACCUUGACAGUGGAGGACGUUGACACUGUCGACUUUGGGAACUAUGUCUGUAAAGCCAAGAACAAGCUCGGCGAGACGACUGUUUCAACCAGCAUCAAGCCCACAUAGCUCCAAAACUGUAUAUGAGAACUGGACUGAGUGACUCCUCCCCCCCGACGUUCCAAACAGGAAGUACCCGCUGGCUCCAAAAGCCAAAAUCCCAUAGAAUUCUAUAAAGAAACAAACAGUUGUUACUCAGUCCUUCUAUUUGUCAGAAUAACCAUUCUUGCUCUGCUUUAUAUUUUUUUAAACAUUUUCUUGCUAAUGCUAAUGGAUUUCUUCCUUAUUGCAAGUUAUUCAAGUUAUAAACUGGCCAAUGAGACACCUCAAUAAAAGUAGGCGGUGAGUGCUGGUCAUCACGUCCAACAUUUAAAAUGUUUGAUCUCCUGCUUUCAAGUAGACUUGAUUCCAACAAGCUCACUCCUGAUUGGCUAGAGUGGUUGCCAUAGAAAUGCUGGCUCAGAUCAACUCGGACCAAUCACUGCUUGUUGGCUCCAACAUGGUGACAUCUAUAUGGCGACAUCCUUCCGUUGGACGUGGAAGUAAACCAUUUUGUAUGGGUGACGCCACUCUCACUCAGUCCAGUUCUCCUUUACAGUCAGUGUUCCAACCAGCAGCUCAGACAGUCGAUCAUCCACCUGCUGUCGUCGUGUUGAGCUUCAAUAACAAACUACCAGAUAAAAACCUUCGUGCAUGUGCAGCCGAAAUUAGUGUAUAAAUACAAUAAAAAUAUUUACAGGUUUUA